AACCAACUGCUGACUUCUCUACUGGAGCAUCCAGAUCUUGCAGAAAUAAGAAGUUUUCCUUCAUACAUUCACACUUCCACUCUCCUCUUUCAUUUCCCUUUUUUACUGAGACAAGAUUUUGCAAAUUGCAGAGCUAAGAAAAAGAAAAAGCAAAAAACACCAAAGAGACAUGAAUUUGGGGAAACAAAGGAAGAAAAUAACAUCAACCCAGAAAAAUUCACCAUGAAAACUCAGCAUUUCAGCCUAUUUUUGUUCCUACCGUUGUGCAUUUCCUGCUUAUCAGAAAACAUAACAAUUUCAAUUCAGAGAAGAGUUCUUCAUCAGCCAUUGUUUCCGGUAGGUUCAGCAUCACCACCUCCUCCGCCAGCAACAGCACCACCGCCGCCAGAUAGUUCAACGUUUCCAAACCCAGACCAGCCGUUCUUCCCUGAGGUGCCAACUGGGCAAAGUCAAGAUCAGAGCCAACCACCGCCAUCAGCAGCAACAGCCUCAUCAACAAAUGGAAGCAUACCAAUUGCAGCGGCAACACAGCCAACAAAACCAGCUAAAAAAGUGGCCAUCGCAAUUUCAGUUGGAAUUGUCACAUUGGGAAUGCUAUCAGCCCUUGCUUUCUUUCUUUAUCGCCACCGGUCUAAACAUACCGGCGAGUCUCAGAAACUCGUCGGCCCCAAUUCCCAGAGAUUUCAAGACGAUGCAAGAGUGCCGCCGUCGAGCUUUUUGUAUAUAGGAACCGUUGAGCCGAGUAGAACAUCAGCUAGUGAAACUGCAAAUGGAUCGCCUUAUCAUAAAUUGGAUUCGGUCAAGAGAUCAGAUCGGUAUAGGCCCAGCCCUGAAUUGCAGCCACUGCCGCAACUACCGAAGCCUCCUCCUCUGAAUGAGAAUUCACCAGCAGCCAUGUCGUCGUCGUCAGAUGAAGAGAGUCAUAACACGGCCUUUUACACCCCACAGGGCUCUUCAAUCAGCAAUGAAGAUUAUUAUACACCAGUGGUUAAUUCAUCUCGGCCGCUUCAUGUUAAAAACAAUACUUCUGUUCCUCAUUCAAAAAGAACUUCUCCUAAAUCAAGGCUUGCAGUUGCUUCUCCAGAACUGAAGCAGGUUAUUAUCCCAUCGAUAAAGCAGCAACCGCCUGCCCCUCCGCCUCCAACAUUAUCACAUAUGCCAGAAGCAUCGCCUCCUCGGCCUACAACAAUUCCAUAUUCUCCCAAAAGGCCAAAAUUUUCAUCCCCACCACCGCCACCAAAUAUGGAGCUUCUUAGAUCAUUAAAAGGCAAUUCAUCCUCGCAAACAAUUAAAAUUCCAGUUCCACCGCCACCCCCACUGCCACCACCGCGGCCAAUGACAGCGCCAAGAAACGGGGGUUCUACGGACAGAGCUUUUAACUCAACACCAACCCCAGUUGUACCACAACAGCAAUCUUGGAGUCCAAGUCCUAAAUCCAGUAGUGGUAGAGGAAUGAGUAGAACUCCAGUGGAAGAGGUUAACAGAAGUGCGAGUACUGCAGAAAGGACUGAAGGGGAUAGCACUGAUGCAGCAAAACCAAAGUUGAAGGCUCUGCAUUGGGACAAAGUACGGGCAACCUCGGAUCGAGCUACAGUGUGGGACCAACUCAAAUCAAGCUCGUUUCAGUUGAAUGAGGACAUGAUGGAAACUCUUUUUGGCUGCAAUUCAAUGAAUUCAGUUCCAAAAGAAGCUACUAGAAAAUCAGUUUUGCCUCCUGUUGAACCGGAGAACAGGGUUUUGGAUCCCAAGAAAUCUCAGAAUAUAGCUAUUCUGUUGAGGGCACUGAAUGUUACUCGAGAUGAGGUCUCUGAAGCUCUUCUAGAUGGUAGCCAAGAAAGCUUAGGUGCAGAGCUCUUGGAGACACUGGUAAAAAUGGCUCCAACCAAGGAGGAAGAAAUAAAACUUCGAGAGUACAGUAGUGACAUCUCAAAACUAGGAACUGCAGAACAAUUUUUGAAGACAGUGCUUGACAUCCCAUUUGCUUUCAAAAGAAUCGAAGCAAUGCUGUACAGGGCCAACUUUGAUACCGAAGUAAAAUAUCUUCGAAAGUCGUAUCAGACCCUAGAGGCAGCAAGUGAAGAAUUGAAGAAUAGCAGGUUAUUUUUCAAACUUCUUGAGGCUGUUCUGAAGACAGGAAACCGGAUGAACGUUGGCACUAAUCGUGGAGAUGCUAAAGCAUUUAAACUUGAUACUCUGUUAAAACUUGUAGAUAUAAAGGGAACUGAUGGGAAGACAACAUUGCUUCACUUUGUGGUUCAGGAAAUUAUUAGAUCAGAAGGUGCUGGUACUAAUUCUACAAAUGAGAAUGCUGAAAACAAAAUCUCCAGCGCAAGGGAGGAUGAUUUCAAGAAGCAAGGUCUGCAAGUUGUGGCUGGGCUGAGUAGAGACCUGGGCAAUGUCAAAAAGGCAGCAGGGAUGGACUCAGAUGUAUUAAGUGGUUAUGUCACAAAGCUUGAAAUGGGGCUUGAAAAAGUCCGAUCGGUUUUGCAAUAUGAGAGGUCAGAUAUACAGGAGAAAUUUUUCAACUCAAUGAAGAUGUUUCUGAAAGAAGCAGAAGAGGGAAUUUCUAGGAUCAAGGCUGAUCAAAGAAAGGCCUUACUGCAUGUUAAAGAGGUUACCGAAUAUUUUCACGGGGACACAGCAAAGGAGGAAGCACACCCUUUCAGAAUAUUUAUGAUUGUAAGAGAUUUCCUUUCUAUACUGGAUCAUGUUUGCAAGGAAGUAGGAAUAAUGCAGGAAAAAACAAUGGUGGGUCCUGCUAGAUCCUUUCGAAUAUCUUCAACUGCUUCACUACCAGUGCUGAACCGGUAUAAUGUGAGACAAUAUAGCAGUUCAGACGAGGAAAGCUUGUCUCCAUGAAACAUAAGUAAAAAUGAAGAAUUUAGCUGAGAAAAUCCAUGUCAUUUUCAAUAGUAGCAGCAGUUUGGUGUACCAAUUUUCUCAUCACAAGCAUGUCAAGGAGUUGGGAUGGAGUAGCCAAGUACUUUAUAAGGUGUCUGUUAUUAUCAAGAACAUCCCAUCACAAGCGCAGAUGUAGUUAGUUAAAAAGGUACAACUUCCUCUGCAAAGGAGAGGUGCAUUUUGUAUGAAGAAUCACAAAUGCCUGAUUUGCACAAGCCAUAUAUCAUAAUAAAAAGGAGAACAAAUUGUUGGGAGAAUUAUAUCGAUCGUAAGGCCAUUGAGACAGCAUCAGGCAUGGCCGGACGAAGGUGUCAGCUGUAGUUUUUUUAAAGGAAAGCAACCAAAAACAAAACUUUUUGUGCAUUCAAAUACAUUUUCUAUUUUGAAGGUAGGUUUUUUGAUUCAGAACAAUGUUUUGAUGUUACCAGUUGAGCUGUUGUCCACAUUUAUUUGAUUGUUAAUAAUAAUAAUAUAGGUCUGUCAGCAUUUA